AUGCGACACUCCCGGGUCGCAACAGAGACGGCCGGUGAGACGGGGGGACGAGUAGACGAGUCUGUGGGUGGUGGGAACGGACGGGUAGUAAGGUGUGAACAAGGGAUGAUGGAAGAGGAUGGUAGCGGAGGAAACAUAGACCUCUUCAUCCUGCUCCCCCCCACUCCCUCAAUCUCCUUGCGAGCAGUUGCUGCCGCGCUGGCACUUGUCUGCGCGUGUUGGGCUGGACGCUGGGCGUUGAAGCGUGUCGUUGCUAUGGUGAUGGCGAGGGCGCGUUAUGAUGAACGUGGGGUGGAUGGGAUUUGGAGCGCGAGUUGGGUAGGGUUUGGAACGUGGUUGGGUUUGGAGCUUGAGGUGUGGGGUAAGCGUGGAGGGCACGCACGAAAACACGCGGAGGGGGGGAGUUCGUCGAUGCUGACGUGGCAGGCGCUAGAACGAGCGCAGGACGAGGUAGCGUGUGUGUUGGUGCUGAGGGAGUUGGGAAUGUGGGUAGUCGUCGAGUAG